AAUUUAUGUGAAAUAAAUACUUUCAAAUAUAAUGCCGCGACUGCUAAGGUUUUUCGAAUUUCAAUUUGUAUGCAUUAGGCUGGUUCGAAAAAUGUGAAAAGUCGUUCAUUUACGCAAGUAUUGUUUUUUUUGGGGGGGGGGCGAUCCUAGUUGUGACAUUCAAUUCGACUGCCAAGCUCUGCUGGAGAACUCAUCAGGUUGGCGAUUUCGAAAGCAGAUCAUGACACGUUGGGCCAGAGUUGGGAAUAGUCAAAAACACAAGAAACUACCAGAAGAUGCAACACCUUGGGAAGAAUUUUGGCCGAAUCAAAAUCGAAAUUCUACUAAUAAUGCAAAUGAGACCAAAGUUAAGAGUGGACGGAUGGAAAAAAGAAAACUGAAACAAGAGAAAAAGUUUGAUGGAAAAAGAAAAAAAUUUGAAAACCCAGAAAAUAAAAAUAAUUCAAAAUUUAAGAAUAUAGAACAAGAGAAAGGUGAAUGUAUUCAAUCUUCAUCCAAAUUUUCUUCAAAAGAAAUAAAUGAAGGGCAUUUAAGUACUGAGGCUGGUACUGAGCUUCAAAGAUUGUCAAAGAAACAGUUAAAGAAAGAAAGAAAGAAAGCAAAAUUAGAGCAAUUAAAAAAUAUAGAAUCAAAUGAUAAUAAUGUUUCAAAUAAUGUUGAAAGUACAGAAGUAUCUCAGACUGAUGACAAAUCACCAAACGUGAAAGAUUUCCUAGGUAAAAAGAAGCUUUUUAUGAAAAAGCUUGAGAAAAAAAGGAAAGAAAAUGGGAUCUUACUUCUUCCUGCAAAAAUAGAACGCAAGUUAUAUAUUAUUAAAAGAAGGUUGAGAGAAAAGGGUUUGCCCCCAGCAGCAAUAAAAGAUAUUGCUAGGAAAGAGAGGAGGAAAGAAGAAUUGAAAUUUCGAAGAUCAAUGAGCACAAAGCCAUGCUUCAACUGUCGACAAAUAGGUCACCUUCUUGCUGAAUGCCCCAUGCCAUUGGGUAACUCAAAUCAAGAAACUGGUAUUUGUUUCAAAUGUGGAUCAGCUGAGCAUACAUCUUAUAAGUGUCCAGAAAAAAUUGAAGGUUAUCCACUUGCAAAAUGUUUUGUUUGUAAAGAACAAGGUCAUAUAAGCAAAGACUGCCCAAAAAAUGACCAUGGUGUUUAUAUUAAAGGAGGCAAAUGCAGUUUAUGUGGAAAUGUUAAUCAUUUGAAGAAAGAUUGCCCAACUUUAAAGAAAAGAAAUGAUGAAGAAUCAGAUAUCACAGCUUAUACUAUUAAUGAAGAAAAAAGUGUUGAUGCAGAAAUUAUACCUACAGACGAUACAAGGACUGAUGUGAAAGAAACUAUAAAGAAAAGAAAGAAGGCUAAACUUGUAAAAUUUUAAUGUACAUAUUUCUACAGCAGUAAAUAAAACAAAUGUAUUUUAUUGUA